GGUCCUAAAGUAUCCCGAAAGGACGGAGUAGAUUUGGGGCGAAGUGUUUUGGUUUGCAUUCAUAAAAAAAGUAACGAUUUUUUCGACUCCAAAAUGCCUAAGGAGCACACAGAAGUGAGCUGUUGUGUAAAGUAUCUACUGUUCUUCUUCAAUGUCUUCUUCUGGUUGGUGGGGUGUCUCCUUGUUUCUGUGGGCCUGUACGCAAGGUUUGAGAAGACUGCAUACCAAGAAUUCUUCAGUGACAUACUCACAGAUCCAGCGUUUGCUCUUAUAAUCGUUGGUGGGAUCAUGUUUAUCCUAGGCUUCAGUGGCUGUAUUGGUGCUUUGCGGGAAAAUAUUUGCCUACUGAAAUUUUUUUCUGUGGUGCUUGCUAUCAUUUUCUUCCUUCAACUGGCCCUGGGAGUAUUUGUCUUUGUCUUUCAAGAUAAGGUAGAGGCAGUAAUUGUGGAGAAACUGCAGACAGCGGUUACGAAAUACAGAGACAAUGCUGAUCUGCAGAAUCUAAUUGAUGGCGUUCAACAGGAGUUCAAGUGCUGUGGAGCCAAGGGGAUCAAUGAUUGGGAUAAGAACAUCUACUUUAACUGCUCCUCACCAGGCUCAGAGGCUUGUGGCGUACCAUACUCUUGCUGCAUCAAGGACACAAUAAACAGACAAUGUGGUUAUGGAAUCAGAAAGUCAGGAACACCAACAUCUGACCAAAGCAAGAUCAUAUUCAUUGGGGGCUGUGUGAAUGCUGUUAAAGACUGGUUCAAGUCAAACAUGAUUAUAAUUGGUGGAGCUGCUGUCGGCAUUGCCUUAUUGCAGAUUAUGGGGAUUUGCUUUGCCAACAGUCUGAUUUCAGAUAUAAAAAUGCAGAAAGCACGAUGGAACAGAGACUAUCCAAGCCGCUACUAACAAACAGAGUAUAUUAAUAUAUCAUUUAAAGACUAAUGGCACACAUAUCAUGUGCGAUUAGUUAGUGCCAUCUCUUGAUCGCUGUGCAAUUUUCAAAAGGCAUUAGGAAGAUGCACUCAGGUAGAUGAGCUACAAUGUAAAAAUAGGCAUCCUUCCUUCAGUCUAAAAGGACUGAAGUCUUCUACUCCAUGGCAUUUUUAUUUACUAGCUUUAUAGACUAGAAACCAUUUUAUAUAAUAUACAGUAAUAUAUGUUACAUCAAAAAUGAAAGUAUGUAAUAUAUCCCUGAAAGCCAAAGUGACUCACAUGACUUUUUGAGUGGCAAAUUCAAGUGAAAAUAAACACAGGAAUAGCUGUGGCCAUCAUACAGAGAACAAAAAAAAAAUCCUAAAAAUACUUUCUGGCUUUAUUUGCUUUAUUCUUAGUAAGUUGCUUUCUGUUGUCAUUUUAUCAAAGCCUGAUCGUAUGCAAGCUUUCUGUUGUCAUUUUGUCAAAGCCUGAUCGUAUGCAAGCUUUCUGUUGUCAUUUUGUCAAAGCCUGAUCGUAUGCAAGCUGACACCCAAAAAGUCAUGUGAUCUCUUAAUGCAAGUCCCCUUUUGUGUAUAGUUGUUUAGAAGAGUAGUCCCUGUUUAGUAUGUGCUAUGGUUGGCCUUGUAAA